AUGUACCAUGGCAGCCGCCGACUUCGUGCAGGAGAUGCGCUCCACGGGUGAGAAGUUACUGCUCAAGCUACAGAAACUACCCCAGGCCGAGCCUGUGGAGAUAGUGGCCUUCUCGGUCAUCCUCCUUUUCACAGGUUCACAUGGAUAAACUGACAAACGGGAAGCUCACGUGGAAUGAUGAGUUCUGGCAGAAUCCGUGGGACCAGGGAGGCCUGGCAGUGAUCAGCUUGUUCAUCACCACGGUCCUGCUUCUCAUUGUGUUUGCCAUUAUAUUCGGUUUACUCCCUCCACUUGAGAAGGUCAACCGGUGUGAAGAGUCAUGAGCUGACUUUCUGGGGGCCAAGAAGGGGCCCACCUGUUAACUCUCAAAACACCAUGUACCUUUUCUUCAAAGCCCUUUUAAGAGUUUGCAAUUAUACAUACAUGUUAGUGUCAUUAAUUAAUUAACUAAUGUGAUUAUCUGAUAAGUGCCUGUCUUCCCCCACUGAACCGAACACCACAAAAGCAGGGCAUGGGUCUCUUUCUGCUCACCACUGUAUCCCCAUACCCAGUGUGCCUGGUACAGAGUCCAUUUCAAACAAUAUUUGCUGGCUGAAUAAAUGAAUGAAUGAAUAAAUGAUCAAACAAAUGGGAAGACAGACGGAUGCUGGGCUGUCGGCUCCCCCAGACCACAGUCCCCAGAUGACAGCGCCCAGUUCAGUUGAGAGGCAAACACAAAGCUGUUCUUCUCAGACAAGGUACAGAGGCCUCUAAGCUAGAAGUUGCUUCAACCUAAUGACUGUUCCUUUCGACACUCGAAGAGCACCGUCCGCAGUGAACAAAUGCUUGCGACGGCCACAGCUCAGAGAAAACAGCUGCACGCGGAGGAGAGAGGAACACCGCUGGAUGCCCCGCCCCAACCUCAUUCACACUGACCUGAGUGUCUCUGCCACUGGUCCCAGAGAUGCCCAGGUAUCCCUCACUAGGUCCCACAGCCCCCACGCACCCCAGACCACCAUACAACACCAUCUUUUGUAGACGUGUAUCUGCCUCCGCCAACGCCUCCACACCAGCCUGGCCCUGGCUGCCAGGUGCCCUCCCUUAGCAAACAGUUGCUUUCAUUAAACCACAAACCAGGACUAUUCUUAGAAAAAGAGCAAAUAUCUGGUGGGGAACAGGCAAUACACCAUUUAUGCAAUAAAAAAACAUUUCUUUUUUACUCAAAGAGCAAUUUCACAUUCAGCUACAACAGCCAUGUUUACUCCAUCCCAGGCAGUCCUGGAACCCGGAACCCAAGCAUGCAGCCCACGAGGUAGGAGAGAUGAGGCUGCGUGUGACGCAGUGGGAGGCCCACUGAUGCUGAGACCCCCAGAUGCACUGAGAGGCCCCAGCUCCUCAGCAGGACACAGGAGAAAUAAAGGCAAGGGGCCCCUAGCAGGACCUGUCCUAUUGCUGGGCGGCCGCAGCCCAGAGCGAUAUGGCAGUGCUAACCCUUCAGACAGUCCCGCAGAGCCACAGACUCCUCCCAGAAAAGAACCCAGCAGGAUGAUCUCCAGCAGAAGGGACUCUGAUAAUUAGCAAGGACACCCAGCCCUUUCAUUAUGAGCGUUUUGCUUAAGGAGCCAGAAACAGCCUAAUUUAACAACUCCCAGUACUAGUGCCUGAAAAGGGCUCUGGUCACAAUGGCUGUGGGCAAGGGUGCCAAGCACCUCUGCUGGGCGUGACAGAGGCCAAGCGAGAGACUUAAG